CCAACCAACCACCUAGCUUCCAAUCCUCGCUCGCCAGGCACCAAGGCCAUGGGCACGUACAAGUGCUGCUUCUGCUUCAGGCGCCGCUACCGCUGGACGGACGCGCCGCCGCCGGACGACGUGCGCUCCCUCUUCGCCCACCACUCCGGCGGUGCCGCCACCAUGGGCGCCGACGGCCUCCGCCGCUACCUCGAGUCCAAGGGCACCGGCGCCGAAGACGACAAUUCUGAGGCCGCCGCCGACCGGCUCCUCGACCAGAUCCGCCACGGGCAGCGGGGCGCGCGCAUCCCGCGGGUGGGGCGGCCGCUCAUCGCCCUCGAAGAAUUCCACCGCUUCCUCUUCUCCGACGACCUCAACCCGCCCAUCCGCCGCCCGCAGGUGCACCACGACAUGACCGCGCCGCUCUCCCACUACUUCAUCUACACGGGCCACAACUCCUACCUCACCGGCAACCAGCUCAGCAGCGACUGCAGCGACAUCCCCAUCAUCAAGGCGCUGCAGAAGGGCGUCAGGGUCAUCGAGCUCGACAUGUGGCCCAAUUCCACCAGGGACGACAUCAACAUCCUCCAUGGCAGGACAUUGACCACUCCGGUCUCACUGUUGAAAUGCUUGAGAUCCAUCAAAGAGUAUGCUUUCGUCGUGUCUUCCUAUCCUGUCAUCAUAACACUCGAAGACCAUCUCCCACCUGAUCUCCAGGACAAAGUUGCCAAGAUGGUCCUUGAAGUGUUUGCGAGCAUACUGUACUACCCUGACACAGAACAUAUCAAAGAACUCCCUUCACCUGAAGACCUCAAAGGCCGUGUCCUCCUUUCGACAAAGCCCCCGAAGGAGUACCUCGAAGCAAAGGCUGGUGGUACCAUCAAAGACGGUGAUGCGGAUCCCAAUCUUGGCAAAGGAGCUGGCGAAGAUGCCGCUUGGGGGAAGGAAGUCCCAGAUUUUAAGACUGAAAUUCAAUCUGCCAAACAGGAAGAUGAUGUGUCAGAGCAUCACAGGGAUGACGACGACGAAGACGACGAUGAUGAUGAGGAGGAACAGAAAAUGCAACAGCAUCUAGCUCCUCAGUAUAAACACCUUAUUACUAUAAAAGCAGGAAAACCAAAGGGUACUACGGCCGAUGCCUUAAGGUGCGAUCCAGACAGAGUUAGGCGACUCAGUUUGAGCGAGCAAGAACUUGCAAAAGCGGUAGUUCAUCAUGGCACUGAAAUUGUGAGGUUCACACAGAGGAACCUACUGAGGAUAUACCCAAAGGGAACUAGGGUCACUUCAUCCAACUAUAAUCCAUUUCUUGGUUGGGUGCACGGUGCUCAGAUGGUUGCCUUCAAUAUGCAGGGAUAUGGAAGAGCCCUUUGGUUAAUGCAUGGAUUCUACAAAGCCAAUGGUGGCUGUGGAUAUGUGAAGAAACCGGAUUUCCUGAUGCAAUCUGACGUUUUCGAUCCAAAAAAACGCCAACCUGUUAAGAAAACCUUAAAGGUGAAAAUAUACAUGGGCGAUGGUUGGCGGAUGGACUUCAAGCAUACACAUUUUGAUCAGUAUUCUCCUCCGGAUUUUUAUGCACGGGUUGGGAUAGCUGGAGUUCCAGCAGAUUCGGUGAUGAAGAAGACCAGGACAAUAGAGGACAACUGGGUGCCUGUGUGGGAAGAGGAGUUCGCCUUCGAUCUGACGGUCCCGGAGAUCGCGUUGCUCCGAGUGGAGGUACACGAGUAUGACAUGUCCGAGAAGGACGACUUUGGCGGGCAGACUGUUCUGCCGGUGUCAGAGCUGCAGCCUGGGAUCCGGGCAGUGGCACUCUUCGACCGCAAGGGGAACAAGUUCAACAACGUCAAGCUCCUCAUGCGCUUUGAGUUUGUUUGAUGAGAUUUGGCUUUUAGAGACGACGAUCAUGCGGCGGCCCAGUGUUCUGUUAUGUGCAUUCUUAUUGUGUACAUAUAUUUUCAGUGUGAAUAUGCAUGUACUACCAAUGUAUUUGUCAGCUUGUACAUAAGACUCUGUUUGCAAUAAUUUAUUGUGUUGUGAGAGCAAUAAAAACUGAUUUGCAAGUGUGGAAAAGAAAGAAGGAUUAAGUUGGUCAAA